CCUGGAGGCUCUAGAACACACGCGUGAUCUCAAUUUGUCUCGUGCCUUCUACAGUUCUACUACUUGUUGUUCUACUCUCUUUGUACUCACCGAAACGAACCCCUCCAUUUCUCGUUUCACAUUGUGCUGCUGCACCUUCUCUUUCAGUCAGAAGUGCAGGAUGGCAGAAACUGCUUAUACUGUGGCAUCAGACAGUGAAAUCACUGGGGAGGACAAGUCAUCUACUUUUCCAGAAAUUGCAAUUGGAAUUGAUAUUGGCACAUCACAAUGCAGUGUUGCUGUGUGGAAUGGUUCCCAAGUGGAGCUUCUAAAGAACACAAGAAAUCAGAAGAUUAUGAGAUCAUAUGUGACUUUCAAAGAUGACAUCCCCUCUGGUGGAGUUACUGGACAACUCUCCCAUGAGCAUGAGAUGCUGUCUGGAGCAACAAUUUUCAACAUGAAACGCUUGAUUGGCAGAGUUGACACUGACCCAGUUGUCCAUACAAGUAAAAAUCUCCCAUUUCUGGUGCAGACCUUGGGCGUCGGUGUUCGCCCAUUUAUUGCUGCAUUAGUGAACAAUAUGUGGAGAUCCACUACUCCAGAAGAAGUCCUUGCAAUAUUUCUGGUGGAAUUGAGAGCAAUGGUUGAAACUCAGCUGAAGCACCCCAUAAGAAAUGUGGUUCUUACAGUUCCGGUUUCGUUCAGUCGAUUCCAGUUAACCCGGGUAGAGCGCGCUUGUGCAAUGGCUGGUCUUCAUGUUCUUAGGCUCAUGCCUGAACCAACAGCAGUGGCUUUGUUAUAUGGUCAGCAACAGCAGCAGGCUUCUCAUGAGAAUAUGGGCAGUGGGAGUGAGAAAAUUGCUCUCAUUUUCAAUAUGGGUGCUGGUUAUUGUGAUGUUGCUGUGACCGUUACUGCAGGAGGCGUAUCUCAGAUAAAAGCAUUGGCCGGAAGUACCAUUGGUGGAGAAGACUUACUGCAGAAUAUGAUGCAUCAUCUCUUACCUGAUUGUGAGAAUAUAUUCAAGAACCAUGGGGUUAAAGAAAUUAAAUCAAUGGGCCUGCUCCGAGUUGCAACCUUGGAUGCAAUUCAUCGGCUUUCAUCUCAGAAGAGCGUUCAGGUUGAUGUAGAUUUGGGGGAUGGUUUGAAGAUAAACAAGGUUAUAGACUGCGAGGAGUUUGAGGAGGUAAACAAAAAUGUGUUUGAGAAAUGUGAAAGCCUUAUCAUCCAAUGCUUGCAAGAUUCAAAAAUAGAAGUUGAGGAUGUAAAUGAUGUGAUAAUUGUAGGUGGAUGUUCUUAUAUCCCAAGAGUGAAGAAUCUCGUUACUAACAUUUGUAAAGGGAAGAAGCUUUAUGAAGGUAUAAAUCCUCUGGAAGCAGCAGUUUGUGGCGCAGCAAUUGAAGGAGCUGUUGCUUUAGGAAUCAAUGAUCCCUUUGGCAUCUUGGACUUGUUAACUAUUCAAGCCACACCUCUUGCCAUUGGAAUUCGAGCUGAUGGGAACAACUUCAUCCCUAUCAUUCCGAGGAACACCACAAUGCCGGCACGAAAAGAGCUAGUUUUCACAACUAUUCAUGAUAAUCAAACCGAGGCAUUGAUCCUGGUCUAUGAAGGUGAGGAAAAGAAGGCAGAAGAAAACCACUUGUUGGGAUAUUUCAAGAUAGUAGGAAUCCCUGCAGCACCUAAAGGAGUACCAGAAAUCAAUGUUUGUAUGGAUAUAGACUCUGCAAACGUGCUGAGAGUUUUAACUGGUGUUGUGAUGCCUGGAUCUCGUCAAACUGCAGUUCCUGUUAUGGAAGUGAGGAUGCCAAUGGUGGAUGAUGGGCAUGGUUGGUGCGCUGAGGCCCUAAACAGAACCUUUGGUGCCACACUAGAUUUGGUCACUCUCCAUAUAAAGGCAUAAUGUGGUAUGAUCCAACAUUACUGUACCUUUUUCAGAUGUUGUUUCUUGUGUUUCAGCAAUGGAGUUGAUUUGCAUGUCUAAUGUAUGUAAUCUGUAUCUAAAGCAAUGGAACAAUAAAUGCUAAUAAUACAGUACAUGUUAAGAACACUUUUCUUCUGAAA